CACUAGUCCGCGAUGGCUCCUCAGUCUAGUCUUUCUUCUGCGCGGCAAGCUAACUAAUUUCUAAUCCGUGGUCACCAUGAAUUCCGACAUUCAGGGAUUUUACAAAGGCAAAACCAUUUUCCUAACCGGUGGCACAGGAUUUUUGGGCAAAGUUAUCAUUGAGAAGCUUCUGCGGUCAACGGAGGUGAAGCGCAUUUAUUCCAUGACGAGACCCAAACGCGGUCAGAGCACUCAGGAACGUGUGGCCAAAUUGGAGACAGAUGUGUUGUUUGAGGAGCUCUUGAAACUAAACCCCGAUGCCCUGAAGCGCCUGGUGCCCAUCGUUGGAGAUUGCCUGGAGCCGGACCUAGGCAUAAGUGCGGCGGAUCGCAAGCUGCUGGCAGCUGAGGUGCAGAUCGUCAUACACAGUGCAGCGACAGUUCGCUUCGACGAGGCACUGCACCUGGCGCUGGACCUCAACACCCGCGCCACCCGACUCAUGGUGCAGCUGGCCAAGCAAAUGGUUCAUCUGCAGUCCUACGUCCACAUAUCCACAGCCUACUCCAACUGCGUGGUGACGAGCGUCAAGGAGAAGCUCUACCCCGAGCACCUCAGCUGCAGCUCCGACAAAGUGCUGGCCAUCCGCGAGCACCUGAGCGACAAGCUCAUCGACGACAUGACCCCCGCGCUGCUCGGCCUGUACCCGAACACCUACACAUACACGAAGGCUCUGGCGGAGGACGUGAUCCUGCGGGAGGCUGUCGGCUUGCCCGUCUGCAUUUUUCGCCCAGCAAUUAUCGUUCCAACCUACAAGGAGCCCGUCUUGGGCUGGUCCGACAACAUGAACGGACCCAUGGCCAUCAUGUUUGGCUGUGCCCUCGGAGUAGUGCGCUUGCUGUGCAUCGACACGGAGGCGCACAUUGGCCUGGUGCCGGUGGACUACUGCGCCAAUGUGGCUCUGGCCUGCGCCUGGAAAACCGAUCAAAGUGCGCACAGCAGCGGCGGUGGGGAGGCCGGAGGUGGCAAGCCGACCGUCUACACGCUGGCACCCAGCGAAAAGAAUCUCAUUACGUUCGGGCGGUUCAUUAAUCAAUCGGUUAGUUGUCGCGACAUUUUCCCACUCUCCAAGAUGGUGUGGUACCCGUUCGUGCAUUGCGUCUUGAAUCCCUGGCUCUUCAGCAUCGGUGCCUUCUUCUAUCACAUCUUGCCGGGCUACUUUAUGGAUCUAAUGCUGCGCCUCUCGGGCCGCAAGCCUCGCAUGGUGAACAUCUAUCGCAAAAUUCACAAGAACAUUGCGCUGUUGGGUCCAUUUACGAGCAGAUCGUUUGCCCUCGACACGAGGAACACGAAUCGGCUGCAGGAACUAAUGUCAGCCAAGGAUCGCCUCAUCUUCCAGUUCGACAUGGCCGUCAUGGACUGGGAAGACUACUUCAAGACGGCGCUGCUUGGCAUUCGAAUUUAUUUGGGCAAGGAUCCCCACACUCCCGAGUCCGUGGCGCAAGCGCUCAAGCUGCUAAAGCGUUUAAGGUUUAUGCACAACACUUUGAAGGCUUCGCUGGCGUGCGGUGCGGGCGCCAUUCUGUGGUCACUCUUCAAGCUAAUAAUGAACUAGAAACCGUGAUUGAAUAAAGUGUGAAAAGUCGCA